AUGUCUUCAUCUUCUUCGUCAACGUGGUAUUCGUCAUCUUCGGGUGAGAAUGAAGCAUUUUUCGAAAACGUCAUUACGUACGCGGCUCAGAUGUUCAUGGAGGAGGAUGAAAACUCUGAAGCGUCGUCCCAACGACGAACUAGGAGAGCUAAAUUAAACCGAGACAAAGAAUAUAUAGUCGCUCACGAUAAACUAGUGGCCGAUUAUUUUGCCGACGAGCCUGUGUACACGGACGAGAUGUUUCGACACGACUUGGCCCAGUCUGAUCCGUUUUUCACACUGCGAUACGACGCUAGGGGGCAAAGGGGAUUCACUACUUUACAAAAAUGUACGUCGGCCGUUCGCCAACUGGCAUAUGGGUACGCACCCGAUGCGUUGGACGAGUAUUUAAGGAUGUCCGAAAGAACCACACAUGAAUGUAUGCACAGGUUUUCCGAAUGGGUCGUCAAAUUAUAUAGCAAGAAAUACAUGCGGAAACCAAACGCAAACGACGUUCAAAAAUUAUAUCAAGCACACGAACAAAGACAUGGUUUUCCAGGAAUGCUCGAGAGCAUUGAUUGCAUGCACUGGUCGUGGCAGAACUGUCCUACUGCUUGGCAAGGUCAGUAUACCCGGGGAGAUCAUGGUCAUCCCACUAUAAUUCUAGAGGCUGUUGCGUCACAAGAUCUCUGGAUCUGGCAUGCUUCUUUUGGUCUACCUAGUUCACUUAAUGACCUUAACAUCAUAUACCAGUCACAAAUAUUUGACAAUAUAGUGGCGGGAACAGGUCUAGACAUAAGUUUUACGGUUUUGGAGGUGGAAUACAGGCGGGGUUUCUACCUUGCAGAUGGAAUAUACCCAACGUACUCGAAAAUCGUUAAAACUAUUCCGCACCCGAUAGACGAUAAAAGACAGAAAUUUGCGAAGUAUCAAGAGGGUGCGAGAAAAGAUAUUGAACGGUGUUUUGGGGUUCUACAAAAAAUGGCAUAUCAUUGA